GGCCGGGCUCUGCGGUCCUGCGUCCUGCCAGCCCACCGCUACACAUGGAGGAGACCGGAUAGAGCAAAACUAACGAGGGGAAUGACAAAGAGAGGAGGUGGACCGUCUUCCUCUGGCUUGUAUGAUCCCGCACAGCAUCAGCAGCUCCUGACAAAGCAGAGACAAAACCAGACAUGAGGGUGACGGGAAGGGUGACUGCUGGUGCUUAUUGCGGUCUGCGUCAAACCUCUUCCACCAGAUAAUGCCCUCGGUGCCUCUAUAAGGACUUUCCUUGGAUUUUUUUUUUGUUCGCUUACAUGAUGCAGGGUUCAUGUCAGCAUCUCGGGGAAAACAUCCAGCAGGGACAGUGAUGGUUAGCCAGUCUCAGUCACUCUCAGCAUCUGCAUUGUAAGGGAGGGGGGAAACUGGUCCUGUGGGUAGUGGGAUUGUGGAGAAAAAUGCAGAGAUAGGAGGACGAGUUUGUGUUGUUGCUUUCAAACCAGGUAGAGCCAUAGUUGGAUAACUCGGUGUUGUUGUUGUUGUCUGGCGUCAUGAACUCCAUUUACUUCUCCGACACCCAGCCGGUCUGUGGCGUCCCGUCCAGUUCGGGCGCGGUAACCAGCGCCCUGCGAAAUGACCUGGGCUCCAACAUCCAUGUGCUGAAGACCCUCAACCUGCGCUUCCGCUGCUUCCUCGCCAAAGUGCAUGAGCUGGAGAGGAGGAACAAACUGCUGGAGAGCCAGCUACAGAAAGCCCUGCAGAGACCGCAACAACGCCACUUUUACACCCGGGAAGUUGCGGUACAGACAGACGGCCCGGAGUCCAGAAUGCCGGGUACCAUCUGGAGUUUCACCAGCGUCCGGAGGCAAGGGGAGCGCUUUGAGACCCUACACGGGCCCGGGGUGACGUGGACGCAUCCGGACGGAGUUGGGGUCCAGAUAGAUACCAUAACCCCUGAAUUGAGGGCUCUGUAUAACGUGUUGGCCAAAGUCAAGCGGGAGAGGGACGAGUACAGGAGAAAAUGGGAGGAGGAAGUGUCCAAACGAGAGCAGAUGGAGUCCACGGUGGAGUCCCUGCAGCAGAGUGCCCAGGAGUCAUCCGAGGUCCGGGACGAGCUGAGCGAGAAGGUGGACCGACUAAAGGCUGAGCUUGUGGUCUUUAAGAGUCUAAUGAGUGAUCAGCAAAUGUCAGACCUGGACACACAGAUCCAGGAGAAGGCCCGGCGGGUGGACAUGGACAUCUGCAGACGGAUCGACAUCACGGCCAAACUGUGUGACGUGGCACAGCAACGCAACUCAGAGGACAUGUCCAAGAUGUUCAACGUCAGUCCAGCCAGGUCGCUGCCGGAGAGGGGUGCUGGAGCGAGCUGUAGGAGGAAAGAGCGUAAGGCUGUGUCUGAUGAGGAGUGUUCAGAGAUGGAUGCAGAGCCCAGCUCCACAGAGGAGGAGGUCCCUGCAUCACUCAACAUCACGGACGAAAUGAAACGCAUGCUCAACCAGCUACAUUGUUCAGAUAACUCCUUUGUUGCCAGGCGCGAGACGUUCGAUAUCGACGACGACUGCGACAGUCUGACGUGGGAGGAAAACGAGGAGACUCUGUUGCUGUGGGAGGACUUUACCAACUACAACAUGCCGUACGCCAACGCUGCGACGUCAUGCACGAGCACCGCCCCCUGUGACAGCAACGCAGAGGCAGCUGAUCCAGAUUCCCAGGAAGGAAGUCUUGGCAGCCUCAUUGAUGAAACAGAGUCACUAUUUAAGACCAGAGACCAAGAGUACCAGGAGACCAUCGGACAGAUCGAGAUGGAGUUGGCCACAGCAAAGAGCGACAUGAACAGACAUCUGCACGAGUACAUGGAGAUGUGCAGCAUGAAGCGAGGUCUGGACGUGCAGAUGGAGACAUGUCGACGGAUGAUAAAAGGUGGCAGGAACUCUCCCUCUAUCAGCUCUGUGGCCAGCAGCGACUCAGGGAACACAGACGAAAUCCAGGACGAGAUUUCGGACAAGGACGCAGAGGCCGAAGUCCCCGUUAGUUGAUGCUUGCGUAGCCCAGCUUUGUCCUUUCUCCUCUUGAACGGGCCCCGUCGAUGUCACUAGGGCCUAACAUGUAGAGAGCUCUGUCUUCAUAGAGAGGUGAAACGACCUAAAUGUGGGUUUGACUGGUUAAAAGUUCUGGUGGUUGUGCUCGCUGACGCAGGCCCAGAACUGGUGCUUUUAUACUAUGUCUGUUGUUUAAUAAAAAAAGGUGGGGGUGCUUUCUUUGCUUCACUAGAGGAAAGGGUGCAAAUAAGGUCCGAGUUGUUCUCUCUUCCUCACUGCUGCCUCGCUGGAUCCUCGUCCAGAGCUUCACAUUAUUUAAAGGGAGGGAGAGAAAAAAAA